GUUUGGACGAUCCGGGCCACUUGAUCGGGGUAAGCGAUCAGUGACGAGAGCAUGUUGGGGACCCGAGGAGUCGCUUGAUCGACAUCUGUCUCUUUGUCUGGCUAUACCUUUCCGCGCCGUCCGUUCACCAUGGCCGAAAAAGGCUCUCCGUCUCUCGCAGCCGUUGCGGUUUCUUCUCUCAUUCUGGGCCUGCUGGCAGGCUAUUUUAUCGGGCAAGGUUCUAGCAUAGGCGUCUUUGGUGGUCCCGGAAAUGCGAAGCAAGCUAGAAAAAGCUGGCCAAACAGCUAUGACGUCAAAGUCCAUGCCGACUCGAGCGACGACCAGGCGGAUGAUGAGGACGAAGCGGACGACGAAGAUGAAGAUGAAGAUGACGGGCAAGAGCUGAACGAUUUCAAGGACUCCACAGAGGAGGUGAAGCUUGUGUUAGCUGUGAGGACGGACCUGGGCAUGGGCAAGGGCAAGAUUGCAGCUCAAUGCUCCCAUGCUACUCUUGCAUGCUACAAAUACCUCCUCAACCACGUCACCUCGGCUCCUCUCCUGAAGCGUUGGGAAUGGGGAGGUCAGCCGAAGAUUGCGGUACAAGUCAAGUCCGAGGAGGAGUUGGAGACACUUCAAGCACAAGCAAUCAGCUUGGGGCUCUGCGCAAGGAUCAUACACGACGCCGGAAGGACACAAAUUGCCGCCGGCAGCACCACAGUACUGGGUGUUCUCGGGCCCAAAAGCGUGGUUGACCAAGUCACUGGUCACUUAAAACUCCUAUGAUUGAAAGAUGGUGGAAAUAAUCAGUCAGACAGACCUUGCCGGAACCCGGAAGCAUGAAACUCGACACACAAAAGCCUCGAACUGUCCGGUCAAUUUUUCGCAUCAAAUGUUGUCUCCAAACACCAAAUCCACGAGAGCAAAAGGUUGAGCAGCUCCUAGGAUCUAAGACCGCGACGACAUUAGAUGUACGUCUCCCGGGUCCCCUUCUCACUGCUUCUAUAAAUCGCGUCGAUCAUUUUGUGCCUGACCAAGGCAUCUUCAAAUGUAGUGACGGUCCCAGACCCGGCACCAGCGAAUGCGUCCCAAGCCUGGCCGACGUUGUACGCGAAGUCGGAGGCGACUUCCACCUUGACCUCCUCCGGUUGCGGGCCUUUUCCAUCGUCAAAUGAUUUGAACGAUGCCUCUUCCUCUGCCUUCACGAACUUGAUGGUUGGGUGAAACAUCUCGACAAGUCCACUGGGUCCUUCUAGAAUCAGGCUGCCUUGGGUUCCAUUGAUUUCCCAGUAGAAGUCAUUGCCUGUCAGAGAAUGACCGCCCUGGUACACAACAGACGCCACACCUCCCCGCGCCAACGUCCCUGUCACACUCAUAUAAUCGUGGCAGGUCUUGUCGACGAUUUUUUGCACUUUGCCGGUAGUCGGAUCGACUAUGGGCAUCUUUGGUCGGUGAUUGGCCAGAGUGGCUUGCAAGUCUUUGAACUCCCCCAGCACGAAGCAAAGCGCAUCGAUUGCAUGCAUAGCAGGGAUGGUGACAAGAUUGGCGCCGGCCUCGAUGGACAAUUCGUAUUCGAGAGGUGCUGGCAUUACUCGACCCAUUAUCUUACCAGACCCAAUCAUCUGCAAAAGGCGAAUGGUCAGUGUUAUCGUUCAAGCAAACCCAGGUACCAAGUAUCUCGCAAGGGUCUGAAGAGAGGGAAAGAGUUUACCGUCGUCCCUAAGAUACCGCCCAGUUUUCCUGAAGCAACCAUUUCCUUGGCCUUGCGGAUGCUCGGAUUCUGACGUGCUUGGAGCCCGAUCAUGGUCUUCACAUGCUGCGACGUGGCGAGAGACGUGAGCUCCUCUGCUUCUCUCAGGUUUGCACCAAGAGGCCACUCCACGAAGACGUCUUUUUUGGCCGCGAUCGCGGGCUUGGCCAAUCCGUAGUGAGUCGGGGUCUUGACGGAAACAACAACUACGUCGACGUUCGGAUCGCGCACGAGAGAUUCCACAUCGCCGUAGCAGGCGACAUUGCCAGGAAGACUGUACUUCUGGACGGCCUUCUCGGCAGAAGCUCUGCUGCUGUUCUGAAGAGCCGUGAUGCGGUAGUGCGAGGAUUGCAGCAGAUAGGGCAAAUGAGAACCAGCGGCCCAGGAACUGUUUGACGAGGAAUGCGUGAGUGAUGUGUUCGUCGUGGAAACGAAAACAAGCAGAGUAGAAUCGUGGGAAAUGGUCCUCACCCUUCAGCGGAAAGUCCAAUCACGCCCAACCUGAUGGGUGCCAUCUUCUCGAGGAGAAAGUAACUGUCGACAGUCGCGAACAGGCUGAGUUAUAGAUGUACAGCCAGGGAAUCCAAUAUUCUCGUACGGCGAUGUUGUAGAGGACUUUGUUUCACGGUUAUAGACUGAUCACGAAGCUCCUCCUUUUGACACCCAGCGUCCUCGCAUCUUUAUACAUCUGUGCCCCAGAAGGAAAGAAACAUUAUGCCG